AUCUCGUCUCCACAGGUGGAUGGCAGCUGGACCCGUGAUCCCACCACCACAUGGCCCCACGUGGACGAUCCCACCACCAGAGAGCCUCGGCUGGACGACUGCGAGCGGAUGGGCACUCUGUUCGGGAUGCUCAACAAGUGCCUGCGGGGGAUGGGCUUCAGCCAGAUGUACUUUGGGGACAAGAUCGUGGAACCGGUAGUGAUUGUGUUCUUCUGGCUGCUGCUCUGGUUCCUGGGCAUCCAGGCCCUGGGGCUGGUGGGGACUCUGUGCAUCAUCAUCAUCUACAUCCAGAAGUGAAGAGAGCGGGCCAUCCGAGCGGAGCCUGCUGGUUUGCUUUGUUUGACGCUUAACAUAUGCAGGAUGUCAUGCUAACGGCUGUUUGGAUUGGAAUCUGCAGUGGGUCUGUGCUUUUAGGGGGGGCAGCUGUGGAGGGCUGUGCUCUGUAGUGAUGCUGGGGAGCAGGUUUCUAGACUGGUUAGAAGCGUGUUCAGUCUUGAGUAAAUCCAAAGCUGGGUCCUUUCUUCAGGGUUGUCUGGGCGCUGCCGUCUGACUUCAUGGUAUUGAUGAGCAGAUCUAAAGGAAUGAGAGGCUGCAGAGUGAUCCCAGCUCUCAGGGAACCUCUCUGUGUUCACACGCUGAGAGACCUUCGCCAACAUGUGGCGUGCAUACGAAUAGUAAUAUGACUCCAAUAAUCAAUCAUAACAAAAGGUGUCGGAAUCUAAAGCUGAGUGUUCUUGUGAAAGCUUUUUGCUGUAAAAUGUUUACUUUGUAAUAGAUUACUGAUGAUGACUAGUGGAGCAACAGAUCAUGAAAGUCACAUUUCAGAUCGAAUCAAAUUUCAGAUCGGCACAAAAGAAAAAGGGGAGCAGAUCUCUGAACAUGUCUUUUUGCCGUUGAUACUAAUUGCAGAUCAUUGAUGAUCCAUAUUGUUGUUUAAAAUCAUUUCAACUGAUCUGAAGUCUGUAAACAAUCAAAAAGUCUAAAUGUCUACUUUGUUUUAGUCAUAUAUAGUGUUUUUUCAUAAAGGAUUAGGAAAUAAAAGAUUGUAUUUUCAUUGAUUAAAACAAACUUAUUAGUA